AUGCAACAUACUCAAGAUCAUCUUCAUCAUGACCCUUCUCUCGCCAUAUCAGCAGAUACUUUACCAGACUUUAUAGAUCCAUUACUUCAAGACGAUGCUCUCUUCUUACCCGAAGGUCAUUUCAACGGUAUUGACGAUGUCGCCGCCAACGCCCUCACUGCAACCUUGGCAGAGGCUCACGCUAGAGAAGCAGAAGCAGUCGAGAGGGAAAGGUCACAAGAGGAACUCCCGCCUAUUCCUUCGGCAUCGAUGAUCGACCCGGAUGUCAUCAGACAUCCACGGGUGUAUAUGGCUCCUUACGAUCGACCGGAAAGAGGGGAUGAUACACCUCAUCCUGUCAAGUAUGCUUUUGAUACAAGGGCGGAAUUCCAGGUUUGGUUCGAGGGGGAGAGUAGCUGGUGUCAUUAUGUUCAGAGGAGAAAGACUAAUCCAGAGAAGAGGGCGGAAGAGAGGAUGAAAACGAGGGUGAAGAAUUAUGAGAAGAAUUUGGCUGCCCUCCCACCAGAAGAAGCAGUCACCGCUCCUCCACUGAAACGACGCAGACGAAAUCGGACUUCCCCAGUUAUCGAAAAACUCACCUACACUUGUCAUCACGCAGGCAAAUACGAAUCCAAACAUUCCGAUCAACUCCCCGCUGAUAAACUGCGAAUGAACACGAAGAAAAGUGUGAAAUGUAAUUGUACCAGUCGAAUCGUGAUGAGUGAAUUACAAGAUGGGGAAUGUAAUGUUACUUAUUAUUGGAAACAUGACGGACAUGAUCCUUUUGCGGAGGAACAAAGAGAAGGUGGUCGAUUACCGAAGAUCCUCGAUGAUUGGCUUAUCGCUCAAGUCAACGCUGGAAAAGAUACAGAAAGUAUAAUGAAAUUACUUCAAAUGAGUGAUGAAGAGAAACAAGAUUUCUCCAAAUUGGAAGAUUUACCUCCCCCACUUCUAACAAAUUUCAAAAUCAAAUAUCCAGAUGUAUACAAUCGAUAUCGUAAAUUAAAAGGUCCAAUCAAAGGUACCAGAACAACCAGACGGACGAAUUCUCAUCCAGAUAUCAAUAUAGAUGCACAAUCAUUACGAAUCCUUCCUGAAGAAAAAUCAAACAUUUCUGAGAAUAUCUACAAUGAUGAACCUUCUUCUUCACAUACAUAUCCUCAUCAACCUUCAGAUUUAUAUACUCGAGAUGAGAAACAAAUAUUUUCAGAAAGAGAUUUAGAAGGUACCGACGUUCAUCCUGAGAUGGGAAAUUUAUCAAAUGGGGAAUUGGAUGAUAAAACUUUAGCUCAACAUUUAAGGGAUAUACAUGAUUCUGAUAAUGGGGAAUUUCAGGGGAUGACAGAUAUUGAAUUUCAAAGGAUGGGAGAGGAAAUGACCGCUCAAUUGGCUAAAUAUGCUGCUGUACAUAAUCUUCAUUCGAGUGGAGAAGGAGUUGAGGAUGGUUUACAUGGUGUGGAAGUUGGUGAUGGAUUGCAUGGUGUGGAAGUCGAUGAAGGGUUACAUGAUGUGGAAGUCGGUGAAGGGUUACAUGGGAUGCAAGUUGGACAAGAAUUGCAUGACGUAGGAAAUAUGGGUUUAACAGAUUUGAGUCAAGAAUCGAUCGAAGGUGUGAAUGUAGGAAUGGGAUUUGACAAUGUUUCUGUGGAACUUGGACAUUUGCAAGAUGUUGGAGAAAACUCAGGUAUAGGUAUGGAAUCGUUACCCAAAGCAGAAGGGUCUAAAGGUAAAAGGGGUAGGGUUGGGAAAGCGUGA